GGGCGAAGGGAGGAGGAGGGUCCAAGCUCUGGACAAGACUCGAUACUCCGCAGACAAGCCAAGAAAUAUUUAAAUUGUGAUCCGUCUGCUCGGGGUUGACGAACACAGUAGAGUCAAUGCUUGAUAAAAUUUGAGGGGAUUUGCAGCCGCUCUUUUACAAGGAGGAAACACGACCGACUGCCUUGGAGGUCUCAAAGAGGGUCAAGGAUUUAUUUUUAAUAACUGCCUUCACCAGCGAGCACAAAGCCACAUUUCAAAGGAGACUGACAAAUUAUCCCCAGCUGCCAGAAGGAGAAAUCCUCACCAGACAGCUUCCUGUUUCCUGAGAGUCGCUACCUGAUCAGCUACAGGGAUGAAAGUUUUGGAGUUGAUAGGAGGGAUGGUCUUCCUCACCUCUGUGUUUUCGUCCUGUUCUGCACAAAAUCCGAUGACUGUACUGUGCUCCACAGACUGGUUCAUGGUCACAGUACACCCCUUCAUGUUGAAUAAUGAUGUAUAUGUACAUUUCCAUGAGUUACACUUGGGUCUGGGUUGCCCUGCCAACCACGUUCAGCCACACAUGUACCAGUUCACCUACCGCGUCACUGAAUGUGGCAUCCGGGUCAAGGCUGUCUCUCAGUCCAUGGUUAUAUAUAACACCGAGUUGCACUAUGCUUCAAAAUGUACCUCUUCUAAGUAUGUGAUCCCACUGUCCUGUGCAGCUCCCCUACGGUCCCCAUGGCUUACUCUACCCUGCCCCGUGAAUGUAGCCAGUGAGGCGGGAACCACAACCCAAAAUGGUGAGGCAUGCUAUGAGGUGUUCACCUUGUCACAGUCCAGCCAGAGGCCCAACUGUGAUUGUCCACCUUGUGUGCUCAAUGAAGAAGACGAUGCCCGGGCCCCACGGGUUGCCCAGGGUGCCCACCAGGUAGAGGCUCAGGUGGGCCAGAUGGUACAGCCAUCCUCCCUCGUUAAUAUGUUUGAGGAUUGGUCUCUUCACUCGGACGAUCUGAUUGAGUUCAUGUGAUCCCCAGGCUGGAGGUCUCCUGUAGAUGCUCUUUAUAACAUUAGUAUAUAAUAUUUUCUAGUAUCAGACAAGCAAGUGUUCUGGUAGCCUCCUUAUGAGUGCUUUUGAGAGAGGACAACUCGUGGUAACUUCACGAAUAAAGUGUUAUUAUAUUUUUAUAUCUUUUUUGACAGAAAAAAUAAAAUUUUG